AGCACGGGAGUGAAACGAGGAGGACGUGGUGCUGCUGGAGCUCGUCUGCGCACGCUCACUUGGAUUACAGUGCACGGCGAACAUCCACAAGUCACUCACCUCGUAUACGCGCUAACCACAGCGCGCGCGCGCGUGUCUGAGAAACGUCGAAAUAGUUUUUGACUCGUGUGUGCGUUCGCUCCCUGCAAAUGGAAUACGGAUUUUUCAACCACAACUUGUGACGCCACGACUUUGGAUUACCUACGUCGCUAGUGCAGUGCAGUGAAGUGGUUUCAUUGACAGAAACCAUUUAAAGUGUGUGAAUUGUGUGCCAAUUAUCUUACACUUCGCCUGUAAUGGAUACAUGGCUGUGAUUCAGUGCAGUGCGUUCACCUGAUUGGAUUACGCGACCCCAAAACAGUGUGUGUGAAAUGCAGAUAGUGCAAAAACUUAAGUGUGUCAUCGUUUGACCCCAUGGACACUUGUGCAAAUGGCUGGCUUCGAUAACGAACGACGAAACCGGCCGUCUUCGAGGAGGAAACGUCGCUGAGGGCGGAAAACUCCGAAAUAUCGCCGCUCAUCAACUGGCAACAUGCAGCUCAACGCAGCGCUCCUGACCCUAUUCCUUCUCCUCAGUGCGCUAUCGGCCUCAUUGAGCAAGGCGCUUCGCUACACGGCGCCCGAUGAGUGCAAAUGGGUUAUCAUCAACAGCGGCCGCGGCGAGGUCGCAGUCGACGGGGCCGCCGCGAGUGCCACGGAGGACGCGGAAGAGGGCGUGUCGCUCACGUGCCGCCUCCGCACCAUCAACAGCGAGCUCGAGAACACCAACUUCAGCGUGAUCCAGGCGCAGCACACUCUUCGGCUGCGCCUGGAGUGCAGUGACGCACUCUUUUUCCAGAGCUCUCUGAAUUCAGGCAGCUUCCGCUCGCUAGUUGAGCUUCGCGAUCUGGAAAUAGAGUUCUGCAAGAUCGGCAACCUGUCUACGGGGGCGUUUGCUGGGCUCCGUGACCUGCGCAACCUGACCGUUCGAACACACAACACGGACUGGUCAGCCAUGGCCCUCGAAAUGCACCCCAAUGCUUUCGGCGAGGAUAUGGCGCGGCUCGAGCGACUGGACCUGAGCCAGAACAACAUCUGGAGCCUGCCUGAUGGUGUGGUCUGCCCGCUGCACAGCCUGGAGCACCUCAACCUUACCAACAACCGGUUGCGCAGCGUCGGCGGAUUUCAAUUCGGCGCGACUGUGGCGUCGGCGACUCUGGCCCCAUCGCAACGGUGCGGUGGAAACCUCAGAACUUUUGACUUGUCGAACAACAGUGUCGAAUCGCUCCCACCGUCCGCGCUGUCAGGGCUCGGCCGGCUGCAGUACCUCAACUUGGAAGGAAACAGUAUGACAGUGCUUGCUGACCGCGCCCUCGAGGGGCUCGUCGCGCUGCACUAUCUCAACCUGGCCAACAACAAGCUUGCCACGCUGCCGCCCGAGCUGUUCGCCGAUGCCCGCGAGCUGCGCCAGCUGUACCUGCAGAACAACUCUAUCAACGUGCUCGCGCCGGGGCUAUUCGGUGAACUGUCUCACCUGGCACUGCUUGACCUGUCCAGCAACGAGCUCACCUCUGAGUGGGUGAACGCCAACACCUUCACCAACCUCGUGCGGCUCGUCAUACUGGACCUGUCCCACAACCGCAUCAACAAACUGGAGGCAGCCGUGUUCCGCGACCUGUACACACUGCAGGUUUUGCGGCUUGAGGACAACGCCAUUGCCUCCAUCCCAGAGAACACCUUCGCCUCCCUGUACAACCUGCAUACCCUGGUCCUUUCGGACAAUAAGCUGACGACCGUCCACAGCUACACGUUUAACGGUCUCUCCGUUUUAAGUCUCCUUUCACUCGAGAACAACGAUAUUGAGACGAUUCAUCCGGAUGCACUGAGAAACUCAUCGAGCCUGCAGGACCUGCACUUGAAUGGUAAUAAGCUAUUCGAAGUGCCGGCAGCUCUCAAGGACGUUCCAACUCUGAAGACACUCGACCUGGGCGACAACCACAUUGCAAGUGUCGAUAACACCACGUUUGCCAACCUACAGCACGUGUACGGACUGCGUCUUACUGAAAACAACAUUGUCAAUAUCAGCAAGGGCGUGUUUGACAAGAUGGCGUCUCUGAAGAUACUUAACCUAUCCUUUAACAAAAUUAGGAAGGUUGAGGCUGGUGCGUUCGAUAGUAAUGCAAAUUUACAUGCCAUCCGGCUGGAUGGAAAUUAUCUCACCGACAUCACAGGGCUUUUCGCCAAGUUGCCAAACCUGCAAUGGCUCAACAUUUCUGACAAUCAGCUGGAAGUGUUCGACUACUCUCUUAUCCCAACCGGCCUUAAAUGGCUGGACAUUCAUGCAAACCAGAUCGCUGUUUUGGGAAAUUACUUCGAAAUUGAAAGCCAGCUUCACCUGAGUACGUUCGAUGCCAGCUCCAACAAGCUGACAGAAAUUACAGGCAGCGCCAUCCCUGACAGCGUUGAGUUCCUGUCACUCAGCGACAACCUUAUCUCUAAAGUGCAGUCCUACAGCUUCUUUAAAAAGCCCAACUUGACUCGUGUCGACCUAUUCGGCAAUCGCAUCACGAGUCUAAACCCAAACUCACUUCGGAUAUCGUCUGUUCCGGCCAACCGGCCCUUGCCUGAAUUCUACAUUGGCGGCAACCCCUUCGAGUGCGACUGCACAAUGGACUGGCUGCAGAAAGUCAACACGGACAAUCGCGCGCGCAACCAGCCCAAGCUCAUGGACCUGGACAGCAUCUACUGCAAGCUGCUGUACGCGCGCGGGCGCUCGUACGUUCCCCUCGUCGAGGCCGCGCCCUACCAGUUCCUGUGCCGCUACGACUUUCACUGCUUUGCGCUGUGCCACUGCUGCGACUUUGACGCGUGCGACUGUGAGAUGACAUGCCCGACUAACUGCACCUGCUAUCACGACCAGAGCUGGUCAGCCAACGUGGUGGACUGCAGUAACGCCGGCUACAACGAGACACUGCCUGACCAGAUCCCCAUGGACGCCACGCAGUUGUACCUGGACGGCAACGACAUCCGCACGGUUGGCAGUCACGCUUUCAUCGGGCGCAAGCGAUUAAAGGUCCUUUUCCUGAAUGGAUCAAACGUGGAGAUCAUCCACAACCGGACCUUUAACGGCCUGAAGAACCUGGAGUUACUGCACCUGGACAACAACGAGAUCCGCGAGCUCCAUGGCCACGAGUUUGAGGGGCUGGAGAGCCUGCGCGAGCUGUACCUGCAGCACAACAGGAUCACCAGCGUCCACAACGGCACCUUCGCCGGCCUGGGCCAGCUGCGCGUCCUGCGCCUGGAACACAACCGUAUUACGCAGUUCGCCGUCUGGGAGCUGUCAGCCUCCAUUAUGGACAUUACCCUGGCCGCCAACCCGUGGUCCUGUGACUGCGAGUACACGAGCCGUUUCCGUGAAUGGCUCCAGGUUGCCGACGAGGUGGUUACGGACCUGUCAAACAUCCGCUGUGCGUACAAUGCCCCAACCACGGCCGGCAGCAACGCCACCGCCUCCCACGCCGAGGAGCGCCAGAAGGAGGGUGACGACGGCUUCCUGAUAAUCUAUGACAAUUCGUCUAACUGCAUCUCACGCACGGCCAAUUACAACUUCACGGAGAGCGUCAAUGGCAACUACACUGCCAACAAGACCGUCAUUCAGCGGCAGGUUAUCCAGGACUACAUGCCUCUGCUCAUCGCCACCCUGGGCGUGUUCCUGGUCAUUAUUCUGCUCAUGCUGGUAGUGUUCGUCUACCGCCAAGAGAUGCGCGUCUGGUUCCACUCACGCUUCGGUGUCCGCCUCUUCUACCGCAAGAGCGACCUCGAGCUGGAUGAUCGCGAGAAGCUGUUCGACGCCUUCAUUAGCUACAGCUCAAAAGACGAGGCCUUUGUCGCCGAGGAGCUGGCGCCUCUACUCGAGCAUGGUGACCCGUCUUACAAGCUAUGCCUCCACUACCGGGACUUCCCUGUGGGUGCAUUCAUCGCAGACACCAUCGUGCAGGCCGUUGAGUCGUCGCGCAGAACCAUCAUGGUGCUGAGUGAGAACUUCAUCAAGUCAGAGUGGUGCCGAUUUGAGUUUAAGUCUGCUCACCACCAGGUCUUGAGAGACCGAAGAAAGCGCCUUAUCGUCGUUCUUCUCGGGGAGGUCCCACAGAAAGACCUGGACCCCGAUAUCCGGCUGUACCUCAAGACCAACACGUAUCUUCAGUGGGGUGACAAGCUCUUCUGGGAAAAGCUGAGGUUCGCCCUGCCCGACGUACCGAACAAUCAGCGGACUAGGCACGGCUCGGGACGAGUCAGCAAUCACAGCAACGCCAAUCAUCAUCACAUCAUGCAUCACCACGUGCACAGACACAACAAUCAUAAUCACAACCAUAGUCAUCAUAAUCACAACACUCACAUACCGCCGCACAUACCACAUAAUGCGCACAACCUACACAAUCCUCAUAACACAUUAACACCCCAAAAUACCCAUAGUCCGCAAAAUGUAGCUCAACAUAUACACAAUCAACACUCGGUAACGCAGCCGGGACAGCAGCAACACUCUCGGUCAGUGGCAAUUCAUAUCUAGUGAAGUGAUAAGUGAAAAGUGUUCCCUGUUCGAUGUGGCUGCAAUGUAUGAGUGUGAAGUGCUGUGCAGUGCAAUGUGAUAAAUAAUGUAUGAGGUGAAGUUGUGUUCUUGUCUAAAAGUUAACUUAUAUGUAUUUUACUGGAAAAGUGACAUCUUUUGGAAUACGUGAAUAAGUGUGUCGUAAAUUCAGUGUUAUGACCAGUGAUAGUGUAAAGUUAAGAAUGCCAUUAAUUGCUUUCAAUCAAAGGAGUUUAUAUAGUGCUGUCUAAGCGACAUACCAGUAUUGUUGAAGCAUCGAAUGUUCAAUUGUGAUACCUAGUUUAGUUAUUUUGUUGAUAGACUUUUGUAUUUUUGUAUGUUUUGUAAAAUAUGUAAAUACUCAUUGUUUUGUACAGUUUUUAUUCAUACCUUGUUUGACUGUGGCUAAUAGCCAAAAAAUGUAUAAAAUUCUUUAAGAACUGCCAGUAUUGUAAAAAAAUGCAUAGUGUAUCAUAUAUAAAUUUUCAAAUUAUAAUUUAUUCUAAGUGAUAUAUAUUUUAUACGACGUGGAGAGCGCUAGGAUGUUUUUGCUUGUGAUGUUGGUGCUAUUCAGGAUAAACCUAUACUUAGACCAAACAUUAUGAACGGUUAACAGAGUAUUUCUUUCCCAAGCUUUAUGUCAGAAUUUUAAAGGUGCCCUAUCAUAACUUUCACUUAAAAGAACUGAUUUUUAUCAUAAUGUCAUGUGUAAAUGUUGUUGUAUUUUUAAAGACUGAGAUUGCUUUGUAAUUUCAAAUUCAAGCAAAGCUUGUUAAUCAAGUACUGUAUUAUGAACAACAGGGUACCAAAGUCAUGUGAAAAAUUUCUGAUGUAAAGCUUAUUUUGUGUGAAGAGGCGCGUUCUGUUCUCCCUUCAUAACUCGUCAGGCAUGAUAAGGCUUGUCAGCACGUUAUUUUCCUAUAUUUAAUUUGAGUUCAAAUGAGUACAAAAAGUUUGAAAUUAACUGUAAUCAUAACUUCUAUACGCUUAAAUAAAUGGUUUGUUAUUUAUUAAUAUUUUUGGACUCAAUUGAACUCUUUAAAAUGUGAAGUACCAAAUUAAAAUCAAACUUGUAUGUUAUUUUCCAAAUAAUUUCAAGCCUUGUUGUUGUUGUUGUUGUUACCCUUCAAACGAAAAUUUCAUCUGCCGAAUCUUGAAUAAAUAAUAUUUAAAAUAUUGAA